AUGAUCGUGGCGAGAAUAUCUAAAAAAUGUUUAACAUUGAUAAGGACGUUAAACAUAAUGCAUUGUAGAAAAUGUCACAAUGUAUUUGGCAUCAAGGAUUUGCUACAACCAGAAAAACACGAAACACUUAACAUACAGCACUUGAGAGCUGAAAACCAAGAGAUGGCGUUAGAUAUUAUCAAGAGAUAUUAUUUGAGCGAACAUAUUAUUUCCCGCUCACGUAAAAUAGACCUCAGCGAAGAUAGAGCUAUCGACGAAUAUCUUUUAAGCAUAUUCAAACAAGGAAAUUCUAUUUAUGCUAAAACAGAAGACGGUGCAGUAGCAGGACUUUGCAUUAACUUUGCUUUGAGCCCCGUUGAUCCGAAAAAUCUGAGGAACUUUGCGUUUUAUCGACAGGACCCAAACACAAAAGAUUUCAUGUACUUCAUAGCAAAACUACAAGAAACGCCAAAUUUAUGGAACCUGUUCAACCAAACUAAGAUAUUUGAGAUCCAAAUGCUAACUGUAUUACCGGAAUAUCGACGGCAAGGUUUGGCUUCGAUGUUGGUGGAAAAAUCAAAGGAGCAGGCUCAGGAACUUAACUAUAAUGUUGUCAGAAUGGAUUGUAUUAAUCCUUAUGAUUUCAAGAUAGCAGAACGCUGUAAACUAUCCUGUCUCGUGAAGUUCCCUCUUCACAAGCUACGAGGACCUAACGCGCCCUUCAUCAAACGAAGUUCAGAACAUAAUAGAUGUGUUCGUGUUUACGUGCAUGUAAACACACAAACCGAUAAAGAUAAGGAUAUAAGACACUGCGAUGAUCUUGUGAAUUUAUUGGAGUAA